AUGGGUUCCCAGUCUAAGUGGAUGAUUGAAAAGAAUCGCAUUCUGUCUUUACCCAUUGAGGAGAAACGAAAAUUAUAUAAAUCUAGUGACUAUAUUACAGUAAAUCAAGUUGACCCCUGGUGCAACUACGUUGUCCGGAACAAAGACGUGGAGGAUAAAAAGCAUAACUUGGAAGAUUUGAACGAGUUCCGUAAGAUAAAAUUAAAUCAGGAACAAAACAAAUCAUUAGCUGAGAGAGUUUCUCUGUUUAGAGGAGAUAUUACAAAGCUUGAGAUAGAUGCAAUAGUCAACGCAGCUAAUUCCCGUUUAAGGGCUGGUGGUGGUGUUGAUGGUGCAAUCCAUAAAGCAGCUGGACCUCUACUUCAAGAUGAAUGCAAUUCAAUUGGAGGCUGUCAAACAGGAGAUGCCCAAAUUACUGGUGGAUAUGAUUUACCUGCUAAGUAUGUAAUUCACACAGUGGGACCGCAAGAUGGAUCAGCACAAAAGCUUCAGUCCUGCUAUGAAAAGAGUCUGUCCUUUCAACAACAAUAUCGGCUGUCUUCCAUUGCUUUCCCAUGUAUUUCUACUGGUAUAUAUGGCUUCCCUAAUCGCUUAGCAGCUCAUAUAGCCCUACGAACCGCAAGAAAGUUCCUUGAAUCAAAUCAAGACGUUCAAAGAAUAAUUUUCUGUACCUUCAUGCCGAUUGAUGUUGAGAUCUAUGAAACUCUUAUGCAAAUGUAUUUCCCUCUUCAUCAAUGGAACUAUAAUGAUGGAGCUACAGUUUCAGAGUGA